AUGGUGAAGCCCCACAGGUACUUCGUCUCUGAGAAAAAGGCCAUGAAGAUGAGGCUGUGCAAAAGAGGCGCUGAUGGGGAAAGAACGGCUGAAGGCCCUCCGGGAGAAAGCUGGGUGCAAGGACAGGGGAGAUGGGAAGCCACAGCACAAGGGCUGAGAGAUGUGGAAGAGGAGCACAGGGAACCCAGGUUUCAGAAUUAUGUCCCAGAGGAUAGAGACCUGAAGAGGUGGCAGGUCCCCCAGGCCAAACCAGUUGCAUUGGAGGAGAAGGUGAAGAAGCAGCUGGAGGCUGCCAAGCCAGAGCCUGUCAUUGAGGAAGUGGACCUCGCCAACCUAGCACCUCGGAAACUGGAUUGGGAUCUCAAGAGAGAUGUGGCCAACAAGCUGGAGAAGCUGGAGAAGUGGACCCAGAAAGCCAUCUCAGAGCUGAUCCACGAAAGGCUGAAAGGCCAUUAG